GGAGGUGUGCUGUACGCUGCCAGUGUGUGUGGCUCGCAAGUCGGAGCUGUCACCAGACGUACCGAGGCAGAGUGGGCGUCCUCUGAACCCUCGAGCUCGGCGGUCCGGAAGCCACCAUGGACAACAAGGAGUUAAUUAAAUACUUUAAGUCUCAGAUGAAAGAAGAUCGUGACAUGGCCUCAGCAGUGGCUGCCAUCCGGACUUUGCUGGAGUUCUUGAAGAGAGAUAAAGGAGAGACAAUCCAGGGCCUGAGAGCAAACCUCACCAGUGCCAUAGAAACCCUAUGUGGCGUGGACUCCUCUGUGGCAGUGUCCUCUGGCGGGGAGCUCUUCCUUCGCUUCAUCAGCCUUACCUCCCUGGAAUACUCUGAUUACUCCAAAUGUAAAAAGAUCAUGAUUGAACGGGGAGAGCUUUUUCUCAGGAGAAUAUCACUGUCAAGAAAUAAAAUUGCAGAUCUGUGCCAUACUUUCAUCAAAGAUGGGACG